AUGGAUGUUGCCAUUCUGUGGUCCCCCUCGUCGCCUGUUGCAGCGGCGUUCGACUCUCCGCCGCCACCUGACUCGUCCCUGGUGGAUUCAGGGACACUUGGUACACUGAGUCUCCAUCCGCUGUUCUCCGGUCUGUCUGCAGAAGAUUUUCGACUGGCAAUCUGCCAUCACCGUCUUCCGGAACUGGAUGCGUUCUGGGUUGCUGACAACAUCAGCGGGCCUCACAUCAUCUUUAGCCUGGCUCCUAUCUGCAGAUCUAGUCUGCAGAAGUUGUCCCUGACCGGAUUACGUCUGGACUGGGCCUACUCGGGGAUGGUGUUGGUUUUUAAUGCCCUGAAGGGCCUGCGUACGCUCAGCCUCUCGAGCACUGACUUGACGGAUGCUGUUUUGGAAAAUGUUAGCACUCUACCACAUCUGGAGAGCCUAGAUCUCUCCUGCUGUGUCGUCUCAGAGCUCACAGUGAUCUCUCAGUGCAGGAACACUCUCAGAUCUUUGAUUGCCCAUCGACUUCGGCUGUUAGACAUGCCGCCUGCGAGUUACUGUUGGCAUUUGGACCUUUCAGAAGAUCACUUAACCAAAGGGUUAAUAGAUGAUGGUGAUGGAGACGUGGGAGGUCUGCGCCUACUAUGAGCUCGUGCCCAGGUUCUUCCCUCCCUAGUUUCUUUAGAUGUGUGAAGACUAAGCGAGGGAGCUAUCAGUGCAUUUAUGAAGGCCAGGAAGGAUCUAGUCUUCUUGGGACAACUUACAACUGAAGUUAGCUCCUGUGGUGCCUUACCUGCAAAGAAAACCCUUCAAGUAACUGGAAAGGCUAAUGAGAAGCAGUUGUGUGAGGCCCUGAGAAGGUACGGGGACAGAGAGAGUUUCACCCGAGAGGCCCUCUUCCAUCUCUACCAUUUUACCACCGACUCUCACAAACCACAACUAAAAAUGCUGAAGUUGAUGCAGUCCUGUUUUGUUCCACUCUUCCUAUUUGGAGCUCUACGAGUGAACAUGCCUCAUAUGCCUGCAGUGGCGCGUAACUUCAUCUUGUGGAGCGAUUUGGAGCUGUGCAAAAAGGUUUUGGAGUCCUACCACAACAAGUUCCCUAUUCAGCAGAAGGUUCUUGGCUCGCUGGUGGGUCUGGCUUUGUUGCCCAACAACAUAGCAGAGGUGGAACAGUUGCAAGCAGAGCUGACGGAGGAGGAUCUUUCACGGCACAUCCCGGGGCUCUUGCAGGAUCCCCAGAUAGAGAUGGGGGUCCGGUACUUUCCUGCAGGCAUUCUGGCUCAUCUUACUUCCAGACAAGUGGCUUGGAUCCUGGAUGAAGAGCUCUGUAGCAACACACUCAAACAACUGAUGUCCAUAACACAAUUGGAUAAAGAGAGGUGAGAUUACCCUUUUAUUCGAAACGGUUUGAGAACAAAACACACUAUCAAACUUUUCGAUAUGUACACCCUGACUGCCAAAAAGAAUAAUAAUGGGGAAUUUGAUUUUGUAUAAAG